AUGGGUAUCACGCAGUCAACUCAUUCUGAACCCAAUAUGGGCAAAAUUGUCAUAGUCGGGGCUGGUGCGAGUGGCAUCUCAGUGCUGCUGCACUUGGUCGAGAAAGCCAGACAUGGUAAGGUCUUGCCACUUAUCACUAUCAUCGAGAAGGAUAAACGUUUCGGCCCUGGGUUAGCUUAUUCUUCCUUUUGUUCGGGCACCAUUAUCAACAUGCAGGCCGAUACCAUGGGGUUAUACUUCAAUGACCCUAAGCACUUCUCGCGCUGGAGACAAGAGCUGAGCAGUGGGCCCUUCCCGUCUCGAGACAUCUAUGGCCAAUACCUCAAGAUAUGUCACAACAAGCACUCAUUGCGGCUCAGAACUUGGGGUUGA